ACACCUCGAUAAAGAGUUGCGCUCCUGCGUGGCGCUCGGCAGCUGCGAGUGAACCGUUGGAGGAUCAGCAUCGACAGAGCGCGUCCUUAUUUUGUAGGGCUUCCCCCCGUACUCUGGAAAACGCUAACCCUCAGUGCAGACAAUAUAAGCUUCCUCAGUCAGCUGUGUUUCCAUAACAAAGCAAAGGACAACACGACGCGAUCGCUGAGAGGCGCAUCGCCUGACACAGCAGUGCACUGGAUACUAGUAAUCAGCAGCGUGCUACAGCAUCCUCGCGACGAGUCGACAUGCCCCAGCAACAGCAGCACAGCCCAGAGGUGGUGGUGCGGUACGGAUUGGGCUCGUUCGUGCCCGCUAGCGACCUGCGCCCCGCACCGGGCGAUCUGAUCGAGAUCGACCGUACGCUGUACGCUCACUGGGCGCUCUACGUCGGCAACGGUGACGUCGUGCACGUGGUGGGCCGCAACGAAGAGGACAUCCCCACGGACUUUGCGUACGUGCACCUGAGCAAGCUGACCGAUGUCGCCGGCUAUAGCGGGGUGCGCGUCAACAACAAGGAAGUGCGCGCCAAGGAGCGCUGCCUGGUGCCUUCGUCGGCGGCCGAAACGCUGGAGCGGGCCUACGCCAUGCUCGACCGGGAAGUGGAGUUCAACUUCCUCACCCGGAACGGGGAGUACUACGCAACGCAGUGGAAGUUCGGCAUCGGAUGGAGCGACCAGGCCACCGUGACGCUGAGCGUGAUGAAGCCUUUGGCGAAGAACCUCCAAGUGGGGCACACGACCUUCCUGGCGGGACUGCAGGCCGUCUUCGGAACGCCGACCACGGCGGCCAUUGCCAGGAUAGCGCCAAGCUCGCCGAGGACGCCGCAGAAGAACGCCCCGACGAGCGUCGCCUAAGCUGGCUGUGACAUCGAAGCAGCGUACGCGAGGACUUGGCUGCUUCGCUUCCUCUUCAAACUGCGCGCCGCGUACGGACGGUCAUUUCUCGCCUGCGCGGUGUGAACGACGCGUAGAGACUGUGUGUACAAAGUCAAGCCGGGUUGUUUGUAUACCUCGAAGAACCGUUGUUGGACGAGGGGUAUUCGCGCAGAGAGAGAUGCCGCGUCCCGGUCCGAUCUCAGCGGGGUGUUUGUUUCCGCCACCGAUGGUCUGUGGACGCGGAUGCCUUCCCCUGAAGGCGUAAGCAAAGAAUGUGUAUGUAUUGUCGAGAAUGGCAAACGACCACCGUUCUUGUAUGUGUUGCCCUGUUGGCGACGGUUGUUGGCAGUCAGAUUUGUGAUGCAGGGUACGCGAAGUUGAACGAACAAGCGUGACUUUUUUUGCUUAUACAGGCCUUUUUUUUUACAAUAUUUUUUCUACCGUUCCUUUUUGGAAAAGUAAGCUUUGUGCUUUUUUUUUUGUAGGUUACGUUUACUGCCUCGGCCAAGUUAAGCUGGCGUUCUCGCUUGAAGUGUAGUCCGGACCUUCAGACUUUGCACAAAGUUUCAUAUACAUAGGCUUUAAGAAGUUUCGGCAGCUGUUUCAAUUCCGCUCGUAAGUUAUACCGCUUGCCACUGCCAGAGGCAGAAACUAGAUGCGCGAGGUUAGGACGAGACCAAGAAAGACUUGAAGAGAGUUGUUGUCUUCCUAGUCAUUACUUCCUUUGUGCAAAGCAUGAAGUUCCCACCCUUUUACGGUACCAAAAUAUAUGGUUACCGUACGUUGUUUUACAAGACGGUGACAAUUUCUUUGUCUUUCUUUCAAUGCUCGGAAUUUUUUUUCUUACACAAUUAUUAUAUACCUGUAUGUCUGUCUCAAUGUGUGUUGAGCACGGAUAGAAAACCGGCAAAAAAAAUUCGACUCCGUGAGUGCUCUUGCUCAAGGAAGAAAGUGCAUUGUUGCCAACUGCCUUGAUUUAGUUUCUGCCAUAGGCAUUUCCAUUUCUCAUAUUCAUGUGCUUCAUGCGGCGGCAUUCGUGACGCCGUUUUAUCACUGUAAAUAUGUCAUGCCUGUUAGUGCUUGUAAAUAGUGUCACAAUCACGUACUGUUUCUUGCAGUGUUUUGUAAGUAGUUCGUACAGGUGGCCUUGUCACAUUACCCUCUUAACUCAAAGCUAACUUAAAGAUUUAAAUGAGCACGCGGAGCUUAUAUAUUCUUGCUCGGUGCACGUCUGUUUUUUUAGGAGGAUCGGCUGCAAUCUUAGGCUUUACGAAUCGUGAAAGCAGAGAAGGCUUAUCCAGUAAACAAAUGUAAUGCGCACAUUUAAUGAGUGAGCUGGUAUAUGCCAUAUCAGGCGGCCACUGCCUACUGCGUCGCUUUGCAUUCGAAGGCGCCGCGAGAGAAACUGUUGGAGAGAGAAAUCGCCGUCGUUUUGCUCUUGCUUCCACAGAAGAGCCAGCAUUUAAAGAAGAGCGCGAUGAUAUUUUGUGCUGCCAGAACACAACUUCGCUCGCAUAUUUUUGUGCCAAUGUGCCACGCGAUCUCCGAAAGCGAAGUAAGCGAGAUAGUUCAAAGUGAAAAGUGUGCAGAGGAAAGGAUAGCAAUAUUUUUCGAGACCUUCCGACAGCUGUGGUCCAGCCACCUGUGAUUGUUUUAUUUAUUUUCUUCCCCCUACCGGUUAUAGUAAUUUGCCCGCGCGCGACCCUUUCUUGAGAGGAGGAGGUCUAUCAGAGGCUGAGGCAGCACGCGUUUGCUCGGCCAGCGUCGAGCAGAUUCAGCGCCCUAUGGAAUACGUCGAAAUUUGUCACGAAGUGGGCUUUUGAAAAAAGCCUGUGGUGCCGAGUGAUAAAAAGAAAUUUUAUGCACAUGUUGCGUGUGCGAGGUGCGCGGGAUAAGUGCGAUUGUUGUGAUUGUUGUUUUGUUUUUUUAAUGUGCCGCGCAGCUGUUUGUUAUGGUGCAUACGUUAUAAAGAGGGAAAACUCGAUCAGGGGGCGCGAUGCUGUCUUCAAACGCGUGUUCAACACGCGUGUCUUGUGAUGCUCUUUCUGAGCAGAGCUUGUUUUGAUGUCAUACCAGUUGCCAAACAGCGCCUCGGAAUAAACCCUCCUAUUGUGACUGCUUUUUAUGAAGCUAUAGCAGCUCUAGCUCAGUAAUCAAGAAAAUAUGUCAGUAUUUGAUGUUAAUCAAGCCUUAACGACUUAGCAUUCUAGCUUGGAUUUAUCUGUCCUAAAAGUGACUUUACAGCAACGUUUUCGAAUUUUGGCAGACUAAUUGGCUGAUGGAAGUUUCUUUUUUUAAUCACGGGAUCUGUGGCAGGUUUAGCAACUGGUAUAGCUGUUACGAGCUUUGCUUUCUGAGGACCACGUUUUGUGCCCGAUAACAACUGUGUUGCAGCUCGCUUGCCUGCUGUCGUGGCGAGAUGCAAAACUAUAGGAGACAAGGCUUCGGCAAUUUCACUGAAACGAAUUCAGUUUUUCUGUUUUGUUCCUGUGCUCUCAUCCGUGACACAGCACGGGCUGCGAGAACAACCUGUCCAUUACUUCGGUUGUACAUAUUCACUGCGCGCGAUGUGAUCAUCACCAUCAUCGUCAUAAUGUUCCACGCACCACCGCUUCACCCCUGUGUUUUGUACAUAACGCGCGAGCUUUUGAGUUAUCAUGUUGUUUCGGCGGAAAAAGAAAACGCGAACGAAAGAAACAAUAAAUGGGCGUUACCAGAAA